GGGUUUGUUUACCACGCCCCUGUGUUUACAUGUCAACUCUAUUUGUCAUCAAGUAACAAUUAAAUUUCUAAUAACUGGUGAACAAUCUAUUAAUUUGUGGUGUGUCGUUGAUGUAGAAGAAAUAGCGAAGAUGAAUUACGGGAAAAAAUCGCCUACGGGCACGCCAUCCGUGUACUCGCACACGACUUCCAGGAGUAACGCGAAUUUAAGGGGCUCCAGGAGUCUAAAAUCGCUGAAAACGCCCUGGUAUCAGAAGCCCCUCGUACAAAACGCCGUAUUUUUAGACGUUCAACGCGCCUCCCUUAUCACUGCUAUAUUUUCAUUGGUUUUAUCAAUAUUCACCAUCAUCACGGCUUGCUUCGAUUUGUAUUGCUACGCCAUGGCAGCGCCGGGUUCCACCCAUUUCGGAUAUUAUAUUAUAAGUUUCCAAUUCGUUUAUGUUGGUAAUAGACACGUGAGGAAUGCUCUGGUGAUGUUCGCAGCUUUCUCUAUAAUAUUAGCCCUUGCAGUAUUCGUUACGAGCAUUAUGUUGAUAAACGCAUUAAGAAAGGAAUACGAAAAGAAAAUACAACCUUGGCUGUAUACAUUCGCAGUAUUUACGGUGUUCAGAUUCUUCGCUUACCUCUUCUUUUCUAUACUUAACGAUAUGAUCUUCGGUUAUAACAUACUCAUGUGCCUUUUAUGGACCAUUUUCAUAGUAAUGAGCGUGUACGGUUGGGUAUUGGUGUACUCCCUGUACAUUGAACUCUCCGAGCUCACUCGACUGGAGGAUUUGGCCCAUUUAAGGACGUUUGAUAAGAAAGAUGGGCACCAUGCAGUCUUUAAACACGUCGACAGUCCCGUCUCUGGCGGGCUCUCGCCCAACGACCCCGCACAGUACAGUUUCGACGAUGCCUGUUUAGAAGAGAUACCUUUGGAUACGACACCGGCUUAUUGGCCCCAAAGAUCCAAGCCUCCCGUUGUCUCGACUAUAUAUUGAACUACGUCCGACUACGUACAGUACGUACUAAUUAGUUUAUUGUUUUUUUGUAGAGAAAUUCAGUUGUUAUAAAUUUGAUUGUCGGUGUGAGUAUAUGGUGGGAGCAAUGGGGUGUUUUCGGGUGUUCUUAUGUAGAUUAGGUUUUUUAUAUGAGUAUUUUAACUGAAACAGAUCUGAUUUAUACAAUUUUUGAAAGUUUUAUUCGAACAAUAGGUUGUUUUGUUGUGUUGUUUACAUUCCGUAGCUAUUAUUAUAUUUGGAACAUUCCUGAUUGUUUUGUGAAUUGUUACGUAAUUGGAACUGCCUUAAAAGUGACGCAGUGCCUGUAUUUUGAAUAUAUAUACACGAUUAAAUAAGUAUUUUUUUGUAAUAUUUUCGCAUUUUAUUGUAUAUUUUUAGGAGAUUAAUUUUAUGCAUUCACAUGCAGCUUGACCGUCCAUUUUAUUUUUUAAUAUAAUCAUUUGCUAUUAUUUUUGUUUCAUUUCUCCUACGCCUCCUCGUAUUCUAAUAUUUCGUAAUAAUCGCCUACUUUUAACGCAACACCUUUGUCCGAUUUGAUUUCUUUCGGUAAAUCGUUCGUGUCCGAUCCGAAGGAUUCCUCUCCUUUGAACACCUUUAUCCUCUCUUCUAUUUGAUAUUUAGCGUAUUCGGCCUUCUCUAAAUCCUCCUCUUUGGCUUUACAUUCGUUUUCCAACGUUUUUAUAGCUUGAUCGGUCGUUUGUAGCGUAACAAUUGGAUCCGGAUGGGCGAUUUUCUUCACGAAAACUUCCCCCGUGUGGAUUAGUCUUCCUUUAGUGUAAAUAUUUUUGGCUAACGGGAUCAGGGCUUCGUGUUCCGGAUAAACUUUCAACGAAUUCAAGUGCUCUAUCAACUUUUUCAACUCCUCUUGCUCGUCGGUUAAUGUUCGAAUGGUGCUGUCGCACUUAUUUAUGUCGGUUUGUAAAUGAUCUAGGAAUUUUUCGCGUUCUUUAUAAACAUUUUCUAAGUUUUUGUGCAUUUCGAAAAUGUACAAUUUACGUUCACUAUUUUAGGUUAUGUUAUUGUUUUGC